AUGAGACAGCUCCCUCCCCCCAAAACCCUGCGCCUCACGUUGCAUGGGUCCCCAGCUCCUGAUAACACAAUUUACCCUCUGGGAUCCAUCCCGGUAACAUGAAACUCGUGGAUGUGGCUGCUGGAAAUGCCAAAGACGCCCCAGGACUGAGGAAAAACAACGAGCAGCUCUCCGACACGGACAAAUAGAAAAGCGAGCCCACCCCUUCACUUGACAACGCGACAGCGAGCAGGCAGAAAGGUUUUCUUCUCAUUGCUACAUCCUGCAUCCCCCCUAACCUGCUGUGUUGGGGAAACCCCUGAUGAGUGGGACCUGUAUCCAUGAGCCCCGUGCCCCUUCCCCUUCCCUGUCAGGCUUCAGCACCCCCAUCUCAGAACCCCCCUAUCGAAGGCUCGAUGGAGACACCCCUGCCUGCACCCCUGAAACUGACCUGACCCCCACACAGUGUGUCCUCCGUAACGUACUGUCCAUCGACACUGGCGGCCCAGGGGCUCCCAGUGGCAACAGCCCCACUCCCAGCGAUAGACCCUCAGCCCACUUUGACAACAGCGUGCUGAAACUACAGGAACAUGAGGUCUGUCAGUGCGGCGGCGGGGCCGAAGCAGGACACAGUCCAGAGGCUGGGGCUGUCCGGAGCCGCUCAGAGAAUAUCCGGCUACAAUCAGGAAGUGGAGGUUUUUUGGAGGGACUGUUUGGCUGCCUAAAACCAGUCUGGACCAUGAUCGGAAAGGCCUACUCCACUGAACACAAACAUAACCACGAAGAGUCCUGGGAGGUUCCUUUUGAAGAAAUUUCUGACCUGCAGUGGGUGGGCAGCGGGGCUCAGGGAGCUGUCUUCCUUGGAAAGUUCCACGGAGAAGAGGUGGCUGUCAAGAAAGUGCGGGAUAUCAAAGAAACUGAGAUCAAACAUCUCCGCAAACUCAAGCACCCCAACAUCAUCACUUUCAAGGGUGUGUGCACCCAGGCACCCUGUUACUGUAUCUUGAUGGAGUAUUGUGCCCAAGGCCAGCUGUAUGAGGUGCUCAGAGCGGGCCGUAAUAUCACCCCCUCCCUCCUGGUUGACUGGGCCAUGGGCAUUGCAGGUGGCAUGAACUACUUACACCUCCACAAAAUCAUCCACAGAGACCUCAAAUCCCCAAACAUGCUGAUCACGCACGAUGACCUGGUGAAGAUCUCUGACUUUGGCACUUCAAAAGAACUCAGUGACAAGAGCACUAAGAUGUCAUUUGCCGGCACUGUGGCCUGGAUGGCUCCUGAAGUCAUUCGGAAUGAGCCAGUGUCAGAGAAAGUUGAUAUCUGGUCUUUUGGAGUGGUGCUGUGGGAGAUGCUAACUGGAGAGAUCCCUUAUAAAGAUGUAGACUCGUCUGCCAUCAUCUGGGGCGUGGGAAACAACAGCCUGCAGCUGCCCAUACCUGAAAGCUGCCCAGAUGGUUUCAAGAUCCUCCUCAGACAGUGCUGGAAUUGUAAGCCCAGAAAUAGACCUUCUUUCCGUCAGAUCCUUCUUCAUUUGGAUAUAGCAUCAGCUGAUGUACUAUCAACACCACAGGAAACAUACUUCAAGUCCCAGGCUGAAUGGAGAGAGGAGGUGAAACAGCACUUUGAAAAGAUUAAAUCUGAGGGCACUUGUCUGCACCGACUCGACGAGGAACUGAUCAACCGACGCAGAGAGGAACUCAGACAUGCUUUGGACAUCCGUGAACACUACGAGAGGAAACUGGAGAGGGCUAAUAACCUUUACAUGGAGCUCAGCGCUGUCAUGCUGCAGUUAGAGCUCAAAGAAAAAGAGUUGCAGAGGAGAGAGCAGUCUUUGGAUAAAAAGUACCCAGGACUGUUCAAGCACCACAGCUCCAGACAGAGUGGCUCCUCCAACUCCAUGGACAAACUCAUCAAGAAGAGAAAUGUCCCACAGAAACUGCCCUCAGGAAAGAGGUGUGAGAUCACAUUUCAGCCAGACCUUCUUAAGUCUGAGGUAAUCAUUCCCAAAAUGGAUCCUUCCGUAAUGCAAGUCACUAUCCCGGCCUGCCCCAACAGAAGCUCCACUUCCCCCAGCCGGUCCAGGCGAGUGAAGACCCGCCACCGCAAGCCGGGCAAGGGCAGCAGCGGGGACCUGGCCGGACUGAAGGCCAAUCAGUCGUCCCCUAACAGGAACACGGCCGCCCAGGCCAACAGCUCCACCAACAACACCUCCAAGCAGCUGCUGGAGCCGUCUGCAGCCCUGCGGGGCCUCGGACACGAGCAGCAGCAGAGGCAGCUCUCCUCCUCCAGCCCCGACCUCAUCUGCACCACCCUGGAGGCUGAAGCCCAGGGAAAAGUGGAGCCCUCCGUCAGCGGGCUGGAGAGAGGGGGGAGCCUCAGCGCCUCCGCGGGGUUGGGGGGCGCGGGAGUUGGUGCGGUCGGGCUGGACGACCUCACGGAAACCCCUCCACGCAGUGACACUCCCAGUGAGGAUGCUGCAUCCUUCCCCUUCUCCAGCAGUCCGGACUCACCGUGUGGAAAGGGAGCGGCGGCACGAAGAGGAUCCUUGGGAUGUCCUCGUCUUCCCCAUGAUGGAGACGAUAAAGAGGAGGGAGCCGGGGCUGUGAGGUUACCCCGGGGGGCAUCGGGGGGAAUCGGGAGUCAGCACCUCACACCUUCAGCCAUUCUGUACCGGGCAGCUAUCACACGCAAACAGAGACGUGGAGUGUCAUCGGAAGAGGAGGAGGGGGAAGUUGACAGUGAGGUUGAGUUACCACGGAGACGGCGUCCGACCAGCAUUACCAAGUGUCAGUCGGUUUCUACCUUCAGUUCGGAGAACCUGUCGGUCUCCGACGGCGAGGAGGGUCACACCACCGACCACUCCCACAGCGGCACGCCCGACGUGGUCAGCACCAACACGGACGACAGGCUGGACGACCGCAGCGACGACCUCCUGUCUCAGGGGUCAGAGAUCCCAGCGGACAACACUGAUCCUGCGCAGGCUUCUGAUGGCCUGUCAGAGAGAGAUGGAGCCCAGGGGCAAGACAAAGCUCAUCUGGAUGCUGGGCAGAAUCCUAAUGAGAGCCGGGCUCUGUGUGAUGAUUCCGACUGUGACAGUGCCGAGCUGGAUCAGUCAGGUAGUGGGGAGCCCAGCCGUCCCCCCAGCGCUGGAGCGUGGGUGCCGUCAUCUCAGCCCUACCAGGGCUCUCCGCAGGCCCCCCACACGGGACCUCCGUAGGUCGCCGGGCACAAGCAAAGACCUCCAGCUUCCCCACAACGAGCAGCCAUCACAGACUUACACCCAUUUAUCAGUGCAGUGCAUUACUGUUGCCACGAGGGAUCAUACCUACCACACCAUUCAGACUCUGACAAGUUGACUUAUGGUGGUCCAUAACUUUGUUGGCAGGUAAACGAGCAUCAGGUGGAAUAGGAAAUGUCAUAACCAAACACCCGAUAUUUUGGCAGCUUGUGACAUCAGAUAAAUGUCUGUUAAGUAGGGUUUUUUUAGGCAAAAUUGUUACCACGGUAACCUUAGCCACUGCUUCAGUUCAGCAAAAACCUUUUCCUCAGACACACACAAGAAGAAACCACACUCUUAGUCCUUUAAACACUAUAACUUUUACUCUGGGAGCAUCCUCUAUGACACUCCACACACUAAUGCAUCAAAUGCUAAUGAAUAAUAAUGUAAAUAUCCCUUACGUACCACAUGAGAAAUAUCUAACUCUAUUUUAUUUGUAAGAUAAAAUAUAAGACUUAAUGGUAUGCAGCCCCGUGAACAAAUGCAUGAUUACAUGUUUAUAAUUUAUGGUUUGAAUGUGUCCGUUUUAUAUUUUGUGAAAGUUUACACUUUUUUAAUCCUGAAAGUAUUAUUUCCGUAUCUUAUUUUUAUUUAUUUAUUUUUUGUAAGUGUCCGCACUCACGAAAAAGAGAGAGAAAAAAAAAUCAACGUGGAUUUAAAAUCUCACCAAAAACUAUGAUUAUGAUGCAUAAAUAGGAAUCUCAGUAGAUACUAUAUAUAUAUAUAUAUAUAUAUUGUUUUGUUUUACUCUACUACUGAGUUUCAAACACACGUGACACAUGUGAGGUUUUUAUUGGGUUCAUCAGGUCUGACUUUUGGGUUCACUCUAAAUACACCUCUGCCAUCGUGUAGUCUAGUUUAUUGUUCACAGCUGCAGCAAAUGUGUGUGUGGGAUCUGUUUGUUCAUUUAUGCAGACAGGAUGUGGAGCAUCCUUCUGCCUGAUGAACAUCUUUCCAAAUAUAUUCAGCAAAAACAACAUGACACUACAUAAGUUUAAGAAAGUUGUACCCGAGUGUCAAUUUAGCGUUUAAUGUUUUGUCUGUUAUUUUCGUUCUCUGAUAAACUACUAAACUAGAUUAAAUUGACAAAACAAGGAUUUUUUUUUUUAUUUAUCACAAACUCCUAAUUGUAAAACCUUAGCGCCUUCGUUACCUACAAUGCAACUCAGCCACGUCCAAGAGUAAGGUGCACUGUUAAUGUAGCUUUAAAUUUAUACUGCGCCUCAGAAAAGAGGAGGCUACCGAGUUUGUUUGUUUUUUUAUUACAGAGCGAAACAUAUUAACUGUUUACAGAUGGAAGCUCAUUUCUCUCUGGCUCCACGACUCCUUUUGUUGCCCAUUUCAAUUUGUUUCUCUGCAACUUUAUUUUUCUUUUCAUACUGUCUGUAACAACCAACGGAUGCUUCUCUAGAAACGUUGAUGCGACAUCCAUGAGUCGGCAUAUAACUUUUACUUCAAAGUUAAACGAAGUUCAUCGGUGUAAAAGAGCAAAAGUACUUUUAUUUGGGGUUUCUAUUUGAUGUGAUGUGGUUAGAGGGGACACUCACCGGUCAGGGGGUCUUAUGAACCCAGUAGAAGUUCUUGGUGGUCUUGUUUUUGUCAUGACCCAGAAGGUCUCCUGUUGUUCUUGAAGUUGACAGGCUUCUUAAAAACCUCAUCCGUUCCUUUGACCCUUUAAGAUCACUGCAGGAGGAACCAGAUAAAGAGUAGAGCACUUCUCUGUGGUGGUUACUAGUAGAACAGUAAGUUUCCUUUGAGGUUAAAUAACUGUUUUUGUUUUUAUACAGCAUUGCACAUUGUACUUGUAACAUAGGAAUUAUAUUGAAAGCAAAAAUAUUAAGAGGAACAAUAAAUAAUGUAUUGGUUAAAAACAAAUGUGUGAUGUUUGUUAAAAGAAAAAAACCUAAAAGAUGGGCCAUGUUAUAGCUGCAGUUUGUGCUGUUGUC